CUGCGUUAUACCAUAAAAUUUCUUUGCCCCCUCCUAAAACCCCUCUUUAUUCGUCUCGUCUGCCCAAAACCAAAACCAGUCUCUACAUUUCUUCUCUUGUUCAGUUUGUGCAGAGUAUUUACAUACCAGCAUAACAGAGUUGUCCUGUGAAACACAUGCUUCUCUUCAUAGAUCAAGAAACGUUUAAAAAUGGCUUCUAGAGCAAUCUUGAGAAGGAGGAGGUUUAUUUCGGAUUACCUGAAUGCCUCCACACGUUCAAUUCAAAGCUUCCAAUGCAUUGGAAAUGCUGCACGGGAUCAGGAUUCUCAAGGUUAUAAGUCCAUUACUAAUCAUCCCUCUGUAAAUUCUAAUUGUGUAAGGGAAUUGGGAAGACGGACUUUAGGAAGGGAGGAAUUUCUGGUAUUGUCAAGCUUUGGAUAUACUAACAGUAGAUUCCAUAGCAUUCCAUUUCUGGGCCUUCGAUAUGGAAGAUUAGAAUUCAUAUCUCCAAUGAGUCAAAGUUUGAUGUCACUGUCCAUUCGUAGUGUUUCCACAGCUACUGCAAAGCAACCUGAAUUUGAUGGUGAGGAUGAUGAGGGAAUGGUUGCCAAAAAGAAAAAGGAAGCAUCCCCUGAAGAAUGUGAUCGGGCAAUCGAGGGUUUGAAUACUGCAAAAGCCAAAGCGAGGGCCAAACGUUUGCAAGAAUCUGAAAAGAUUGCCAGAUCCAUCUUAGAAGGGGUGUGGUCAAAGGUUAUGGGGAUAGGACCAGCUUUAAGAGUUGUAGCUUCCAUGAGCAGGGAGGACUGGGAAAAGAAACUUGCUCACUGGAAACAUGAAAUCAUUUCAACAUUGCAGCAUUAUUGGCUGGGCUUUAAGCUACUUUGGGCAGAUGUGAGGAUUAGUUCAAGAUUGCUGUUAAAACUUGCUGGUGGGAAGAGUCUCUCCCGAAGGGAAAGGCAACAACUAACUCGAACAACAGCUGAUAUAUUUAGGCUAGUUCCUUUUGCAGUUUUCAUCAUAGUGCCAUUUAUGGAAUUCUUGCUGCCGGUGUUCUUGAAAUUAUUUCCUAAUAUGCUGCCAUCAACUUUUCAAGACAAAAUGAAAGAAGAGGAAGCACUGAAAAGGAAGUUAUAUGCAAGAAUUGAAUAUGCCAAGUUUCUCCAGAACACAGUCAAAGAAAUGGCGAAAGAAGUUAAAAACUCAAGGAGUGGAGAACUGAAAAAAACUGCUGAGGAUCUUGAUAAGUUUUUGAGCAGGGUUAGAACAGGUGCUGGUGUAUCCAAUGAGGAAAUUUUGGGAUUUGCUAAGCUAUUCAAUGAUGAGCUUACUCUAGAUAACAUUAGCAGGCCUCGACUUAUAAGUAUGUGCAAAUAUAUGGGAGUUAGCCCUUUUGGAACAGAUGCAUAUUUACGUUAUAUGCUCCGGAAAAGACUCCAAAGGUGA